CCGAACCCCACCCCCCCAAUAAGAUCACCGGCCCACCCGCGAAACCGCGAGGCAAACAUCAUCUCAAUUUUAGCACACCAUCUCCUCUCCGCCUCUACAACAGCCGCGCAACCGCACCAUCUUCUUCGACCUCCGCCGCCAACCCUUUUACCCCAAGUAACCCUACCCGAUUCGGCUGGACGCAAGACGCUCUGACGCUGGGCGAGAUCACCGUCUCGUCGAGGUCCGAUCCAUUCCCCCGUCGCGUUCUUCGCCUGCAAUGUGAUGCUAACUUCCCGAGUAGUAGUAAUUUCUUCCUACUAGAUAAUCUGCUGAAGCCGAAGCGCGGGCUACCUGUUCGACGAAAUGUCCCGGAAGAAAACCAAAGUCGACGCCGUCGAGGGAGAUGCCGCUGCCGCUGCCGCCGCCAACGACCGUCUCAGCGCCCUCCCGGACGACCUCCUCCACAAGGUCACCUCGUUCCUGAGGUCAUGGGAGGUGGCCCGCACCUGCGUGCUCUCGCGCCGCUGGCGCAACCUCUGGGCCUCCGCGCCCUCCAUCGACCUCCGGGUCUGGUGCAAAUCCCGCCACGGCCGGCUCCCCAGGCAGCUAGCCAGGUUCGCCAACCACCUCUUGCUCCUGCGGGACGUGUCCGCGCCGCUGGACACGCUCCGGCUCCUCUCCAGCCCCACCCGUUACACCCCGGACUACUCCUACAGACCCAAAGACUACUACUACGACAACGAGGAGGAUUACUCCUCUUCAGAUGUCGAGAUGUGGAUCCGUGCCGCCGUAAACACCGGGGCUCGCUCUAUCCAGCUCACCCAACAUCCGAAGGACAAGGCCUUCGCCGACCUCGAUAGCGUGCCCAUCAUCUCCUGCCACCUCAAACACCUCCACCUAUCGGGCGCAACGUUGCACGACAAGACCUUAAGGCAGCUCUCUUCCCAGUGCCCUUCUUUGCAAGUCCUGGAGCUCAGCAAGUGCUGCCUGGAUGGCCCCCAGAUAUCUUCUGCCUCGCUUACUAGUUUGGCCAUCGUCGAGUGCAGGAUCAUGGCCGACCUCUCCGUCACUGCUCCUAACCUCGUAUCGCUUCGCUGUGUCAGUCCGUACCAUCGUGCUCCUUCGUUUGAAAACAUGGGGUCUCUGGCCAGGGGCACCAUCGUGCUUAAUGACUCUUUCUUGCAUGAUAAGUUUGAAUACAAGUACAAAGAUAUCAAGCCAGAUGUAUCUGAGUGCGAUGCCAGUGACUCAAAUCAUGAUAACUGUGAUAGCGAUGCUGAUAACGACGACUUGAGGUCCAGCGAAGGAUUCUAUGGUGCUAAUGUUUUAGGUGGACAAAAUGUUAUCUGCAGCCUUUCAAAUGCUACAAGUUUGGAGCUGAUAGCUCAUGCCGGAGAGGUGAUUCUGAAUAGGGAACUGGAAAUGUGCCCAAUGUUUAGCAACCUCAAGGCGUUAUCCCUUGGUGAAUGGUGUAUGGCUGCUGACUUGCAUCCAUUAAUUUUGUUCCUGCAGCAUGCUCCAAAUCUGGAGAGGCUUUUUCUUAAACUUAAAAUGGAUCAUACGGAAAUAGAAGGCAAUAUCAAUCCAGAGGGUAGUUCGUUUGCUUGCAAAAACCUUGCAGUGGUCAAGAUAAAAUGUCCCAAGGAGGAUGAAAGAGUUCAUGUGUUAGCGCAGUUCUUCGUGUCUAAUGGCAUAGCCAUGGAAAAGAUAUCUGUCGACCACCGUCCGACUCGCCAAACUUGCAAAUCCUGGGCCUAAGACGCGGAUGGGAUGCCUUGUAGGAACUGCAGUUUGGGCGAUGAUUGCUGUUAUAUUCUCUCACGCGGCACAUACCAUGGCUGCAGAACUUGAAUAGAGUUUCUGGUGCUUCGUUUGUGUAGCUCUGAAGUCUAAACUAUGUGUGGCUAUAUGAAACCCUUGAAGUCAAGAUUGUUUUUCUCUAGUGUGACGAGUUAACACUAUUAUAUAUAAUCAAGUUUGGUUUCUUCCUUA